AUGUCUACACCUUCCAAGUCUGAGCCUUACAACUACACCCCCAGUCUACCCCAACGCGCACUUGUAUUCGUAUACAAAGGCAUCAAUAAGAUCAUACCAUGGCACAAAUUACCCACCUAUAUCGGUGUCCUUAACCUAAGCGCAUAUCGCUAUGAGCUGCGCUCGAAGAAUCUCCACGACGUGUACCCGUCACGCGAGGAUCAAGGCACGCGCGGCUGUCCUGCCAUCACCGACGAACAAUUCCUACAUACAAGACAUUCGGAUGGCUUGUUCAACGACUUGGAGGCAUCAAAGAUGGGAUGCGUUGGAAUGCGUUUUGGACGGAAUGUUGCUCGCGAGCAUACUGCCAGGCCGAGUCACGAAGAGUUGAUGACACCGAAUCCAAGAUUGAUCAGUGAGCAGCUGUUGAAGAGGGACAAGUUCAAGCCAGCCACUAGCUUGAAUUUGUUGGCCGCAGCCUGGAUCCAGUUGGUACAACAACAUCGAGUUCCACUUCCUGCUGGCGAUGCAUGGAACAGUCCCGAUGGUAAGAUGAAAAUUGACGCCACCCAGGAUGACGAGCCUCUCGACCAGACCGACAACACCUCUCCUGCUUACAAAAAUAUAAACACGCACUGGUGGGAUGGUAGUCAAAUUUACGGCUCGUCCGAAGCUCACACAACUGGUUUACGUCUCGGUGCGACUAACGGCAAGCUUCUCGUCGAUGAGCAAAAGUUUGCUACUUUCCUUCCUCGCGACGCGAAUUGUAUCCCUCAAACGGGUUUCAACACAAAUUGGUGGCUUGGGCUUGAGAUUCUCCACACUCUAUUCGUCCUCGAGCACAACGCCAUCUGUGACGCUCUGCACAUUUCCUACCCCGACUGGACCUCUGAGAAACUCUUCGACACCGCUCGCCUCGUCAAUUGCGCACUGAUGGCAAAGAUCCACACUACAGAAUGGACGCCCGCAAUUCUCGCACAUCCCGCUCUCGAAAUCAGCAUGAACGCAAACUGGUGGGGCAUCCUAGGAGAACGACUCUACAAGCUCCUGGGCCGCGUGAGCAAAACAUCAGAAGCCCUAUCGGGCAUCCCCGGGUCCACCGUCGAGCACCAUGCCGCGCCCUACUCCCUCACUGAAGAAUUCGUCAGCGUGUACCGCAUGCACUCCCUAAUUCCCGACUCCAUCGCCUUCUUCUCCGCCUCCAACGGCGCCCACAAACAAACCUACCCCAUCCAAUCAGUCGCCUUCGAGCACACCCGCACACCCUUUGAGAAAUCUAACCUCUCCUUCGCCGACAUCUUCUACAGCUUCGGCAUCAACUACCCCGGCGCAAUCACCCUCAACAACAUGCCGCAUUUUCUGAAGGACUUGCACACCCCUGAUGGGAGACACAUCGACCUCGGCACCAUCGACAUCCUGCGCGAUAGAGAACGCGGCGUCCCGCGCUACAACCAAUUCCGCCGGCUGUUCCACAUGCCCGCUCAACCCUCGUUCCUCGCCAUUACCGGCGGCAACAAGGUCGUCGCGGACAAACUCGCUAAACUUUAUAACGACGACAUCGAAACGGUGGACUUGUUGAUCGGGUGCCUCGCUGAGCCUUUACCUAAGGGCUUCGGCUUCAGCGACACUGCGUUCCGCGUGUUUAUUCUCAUGGCGAGUAGGCGGCUCAAGAGCGAUAGGUUCAUUGCGGGGGAUUGGAAUACGGAGACGUAUAGUGAAGUGGGGAUGAAGUGGGUGCAGGGGAAUGUGAUGAAGGAUGUGCUGGGCAGGCAUUUCCCGGAGUUGAAGGGGGUUCUCGGGGGGAGUGGGAAUGGUAAGUACACCUCGUAUUUUGAGUAG